AAAAAUUAGGUCACUCUCCCUCCCAAAUCACUCUCAGCCUCUCUCUCACUUGCCAUCGCUCUCAGCCUCUCUCUCACUCCCCAUCGCUCUCAGCCUCUCACCCUCUCACCCUCUCACCCUUGUCGAGCCUCUUAGCCUCGUCUCUCUCCGUCGCACGCACCUUCUGUCUCUCCACCACGGGUUCUCUCUCCGUCAGUGUCCCUCAGUCGCGACUCCAUAUCUCUCUCUCUCCCCCUCCCCCUUGAGGAUCCAAGGGUUCACUCUUCAGCCUCCACCUCCCUUUCCUUAUUUCGUGACACGGGUUGGUUGCACCGGCGUUGUUUUUGGUUGAGGAGAAAGAUGAACGACUAAGAUUGUAAUUUUUAAUAAUAAAAUUCAGCUCGUUUUCUCGCAGCUCCCAAGUUGCUUAUCUUUUUGUUUCUUGCAGCUCGUUUUCUCGCUUUUUUUUCCAUGUUUGAUAUUCUUUGAACUCGGACAAGCGAUCACUUGGGAGAAAAUGCUCGAGUGGUGGUUUAUUCCUACGAAUGCAGUUCUUGGUAGCAUAUCAGACUCAAUCAUAGGUUAUAUAACCGCAUCCAUUGUCCGUCCACCAUACCCAUACUUCAAGUUCACAAUUGUACAAAUUGGAAUUGGAAACAUUGGGAAUGUGCCGCUUGUUCUGAUUGCAGCUUUAUGUAGAGACUCAUCCAACCCUUUUGGUGACUCGACAACAUGUAGCACAAAUGGGACUGCCUAUAUUUUGUUUGGCCAGGUUGGUGCAAUCAUCCUUUACACAUAUGUAUUUCAUAUGUUGGCCCCCCCUCCGGAUGGUACCUUUGACAUUGAUGAGGAAACUCUCCCAAUCAAGAGCCCUAGUGAUGGAGAGACACUUGGACAAGUUCCUUUGCUUACACCUGAAGACAAAGAAGAAAAAGAAGAGCAAAAAAAUGAAGAGCAAGUUGUAGAAGUCAACUCAAAUUCUUCAAAGAAAUCUAAGGUUGAUUUACUGUCCAAGGGGACUAAUUUUAAUUGUAUUGGUGAUUGGGUUGUGGAGGCCACUGUAAAUUGGAGUUGCACAAAAGGAAAAGAAGAGGCAGGAUGUGUAUGUUAUGGUGAGCUUCUUGAUGGGAAUCCUGGAAGUUUACUUAGUACUGAGCAGCAAAUCCAGGCUCCAGCUAAUUUAAAAAAGGGCACACACCAAAUGCUUUCACAAGCAAUAUAGUGCUUUUAACAGAUCACAUAGUUUUGCUUUUCUGGGCCAUGCAAAUAUUGAAAGGCACUUUGCAUUGUGUCUUCAUCAAGAUUGGGUAUCAAGGUGGGCUUUGCUUAAAAAUUAGGAUCAAGAAGGUUGGUAUACGGAGAUAAUAAUAAAGGCAUACGGAGGAAGCUUGCCUUGACCACACUGCUGGCUUAGUUGCUGUGCGUAAAUAGUACUAACGUAUCUAGUAGUUGGUGACUUAUUUUGGUAACCUCUUUGAUUGUACAAGAUAGACAAUAUUACUUGCUAGAUUGAGGUUAUUGCUGGAUUUGAUCAUAUCUGGAUAUAGAUAUGUAUUUUCAGAAAUGUUUUGGAUUGGCAAUGUUAGAGACAAAUGGCAUUGAUAUAUGAUGUCUUAUUUUAGAUUUGUUUGGGAUAUGAAUGUUAAUACUUGCAACAA